UAACCAUUCUAUACCCUUGAUCCAUUGUUAUUUCCAAAACAUUUCACAUACUUUUUAGGGUGACUAAGGUUCAAGUCAUAAACAAAAAGAUGGCAACACUUUCAACUGGUUCCGAACCUCCAUCAAUGAACAUUAAAACAAAAGAAGAUAGGCGACUCUCCAUUACUACUUCAAAGCAUUUAACAAGUGAGAUGUCAAAACACAACUCUUCUUUAGAAGUGUACUAUGGUGGUGCACCGGUUGCAGUCCCAUUUAAAUGGGAAUCACAACCAGGUACCCCAAGAGUUUGUUUUCAUGAAACCCCAUUGCCGCCUUUAACACCACCACCCUCUUAUCUAUUUAAUUCUCCAAAAACACCUAACAAAAAGAUGUCAAAACCAAAAGGAGGCAUUCUACAAGAUGUCCUCCAUAUGCUCACUUCUACUAGGAAAAACCAUAAUUCUCUAGUUUCACCAGCUUCAUCCGAAUCAUCUUCUUUGUUUUCACCUUCAUGGUAUUCGGAUUCUCCAUCACCUCUCUACACGCCCAACAACCGUAGAAAAAACCAACGAAAAUCUUUUGAAGAUCAAGAUGCUUAUGGAUCGCCAGUUUCAACUCUUUGUUUCUGUAUGAGGCGUAACGCAACCCCACAGCCGAAUGGAUGUGAGUAGGGUCAUUAAACCGGUACAAAAAGUAAGAACUGCUAGCACAUUAUAAGGUUUAAGUUGUGUUUUUGAUUCGAUACAUGGUUUUCUAUUCCUCUUAGUACUUUUUCUGAUAUUCGAAUCAAGAAAUUAAUGUUAAAAAGGUUCCUUGGGUCAUAAAGAUGUUGUACAACUAAACGCAUGUCGAUUAUGGUUUGUGUCACAAUGUUUGUUGAGUCAAGAGCACUGGCUUUUAUAAAAUGAAUCAAAUUAUUAUAGUUUUCUGGCUA